AACGACAAACAUAUACCCGAACUCGCGAAGCAGAAUGCCAUUGCAAUAAUUUGCAUUCUUAUUUGUAUAGUAAAUCAAAUGCCGACUGUAAAAGUUCCAAUAAUAUCGUAUGAAAAUCUCGUUCAGUUUAAUAAUGUCGAUUUGGAUGUAUCAGAAUUAGGUCAUUUCGAUAGCAUGCGAUUUUCUGAAAUGAGGUUUCUUUUAGAGGAAACUUUAAUAUCCUCUCUUGCAGAUGAAAUGUCGAUUUAUAAUUACGAAACACAUAAUAUGUUGUUGUAUGGAAUUUUUACCUUUGCUUUUGAUGAACUUACCGCUACACCAUGGCCCGACAAAACCGUUGUCAAGGAAUGUUUUCAAGCAUUAUUAGAACAAUUAUACUGGAGUCACUUGCCAAUUGUUAAUGCAGCUACGGAUUGUUUGAUUUCUUUUGCACAGAAUUCUUCUAUUUGGUGUGAUGAAGAUGAGAUAUACAUUAUGAUAUUACAAGAUGUAUUUGCAUAUCUUAUUGGUGCACUCAAUGAGCAUCUUAAUUUGCAUAAAACAUCAAGUAGAAAUGGCCGAG